AUGAAAAACGAAUUGAUAUAUUUAUUCAGCUUAAAAAAUUAAAUUAAAAUAAAAGCUGAUUUUACUAAUGCACCUACUUUGAAAGAGAUUCCUGGAAUAAAAAUAGAAAUCGGUGAUAUAAUAAUUUUAAAGAAAAAAGAUUAUUGUCCUGCAGAUAUUGUUUUAUUAGACUGCAAGGACGAUUGGUGCUUUUUAGAUACAAUAGAAAUAGAUGGAGUUUCUUAAUACAGUAUCAAAAAGCCUUUAGCCCCAAUAAAUGCAAAUAAAAAAGACAUGAAGAGUUUUAUUAGUACUUACAAAGAGUAUUUUACAGGUAAAAUAGAGUAUACAAAACCAUAGAGAUCUGAGAAAUAAUUUCAGGGUUACCUCAAACUUCAAAAUGAUCCUAAAGGAUAAAAUAUCGAAUUUUCAAAUCUAAUAUUAAGAGGAAGUCAAAUUAAGUAUUCAGAUUGGGUUAUUGGUUUAGUCAUUACAAAGGGAAAGGAAAUUACAAAUGUAUCUCAGCUGCAAAACUCCUCUUCAGACAGAAAGUUCAAAAACUUUCUUAACAGAUUUAUGCAAAUGAGCAUAGUCUGGAUAGUCUUUGGAAUACUAACUACGUCUGUUUGGAAAACUUUGCACGAAUAGAGCUAAAUAUUCAACAAUAUUUAGCCUAGCUGGAUAAUUUAAUUGAUAUAUGCUAUUUAAGUGUAUUCAACUCAAGCGCCUAUUAUAGUUUAUUCUAUGAUAGACAUUUGCACAAUUUUGUAGAAGUUUAUUGUUGAACGAAAAUAUGGAAAACAAUAAACAUAAAUAGUAAUAAAUAAUCCUGACGCUGUCUCUAAUUUAUGUCAUAUUGACUAUGCUGUUUUUAGCUAAACUGGAACUAUAACUCAGAAAGACUAAGAGGAAAUUGUGGGCAUUAAUUUAUGA